CAUAUAUAACAAAAAUGAUGACACCAAUAUAAGUAGUAAUAUUUAAUUAUUAUUAGACUCCAAGAAUAACAAAUGAUAAUUUAAUGGAUUCUGUUUCAGAAAUUAGAUUUGGAAAUAAUGAUAUAUUUGCAACUGGAGCUUGGGAUGGAUAUAUACGCUUUUAUUAAAUUCUUACUUAGAAUGGAAUAUAAACAUAAGUAGCUCUUGAUUUCAAAAGUGUAAUUGAUUGUUAAGAACCGUAAAUUAAUAAUCUUAAAUCUAGAGUACUUUCAAUUAGUUGGAAAAGAGAUAUGACAAUGAUAUUUGCAGCUUUGGCAGAUAAUACAGUUAGAGUAUAUGAUAUAAAAACAGGUUAAAAUAUAAUUUUGGGUUAUCAUGACGAUUGUCCAGCCAGAUAAGUAUUUUGGAAUGAUGAAUUGUAAGUUUUAGUUUCUUUGGGAUUUGAUAAAAAGUUAAAAUUAUGGUCACUUAAAUAAAAUACAAUGGGAACGAAACCAUAACCAGUUUAUGAAUUAAAUUUAACUAGUAUACCAACAGUAGGAGAGUAAGAUUAAAAUGAAAGAAUGUUUGCAUAUGCUGAUGUAGAUUGUAAAAUUAAAUGGUUUUCAUGGGAUAAAAUAAGAGGCAAUUUAAAUAGCAAUGUUUCAAGAAAUAUUUUUGAAGUUGAAGAUUCUAAAUUAGGAAAUCGAUCAUAGAUUAGCUCUUUAUCAAUAUCCCACAAUACAAAAUAAAUGGGUUAUUGUUCAAUAGAUGGAAGAGGUGCAGUAAUGGAAAUAACAGAUAAAUUAGAAGCAAUAAAUAGAAUUGUAUUUAAAUGUCACAAAAGAGAAGAAGAUUCAAAGACAUCAUAUAAAUCAGAGAAAAUUAAUACAUAUUAUGUUGUUAAUUCUCUUUAAUUUAAUAGUAGAUCUUAAGAUUGGCUCAGUACAAGUUCUUCUGAUUGCAGUAUAAUUUUAUGGGAUUUAAAAAAAAAAAACAAAAUAGCUACUUUAUAAUAUGAUGCUCCUGUUAUUGCAAGUUAAAUCUCACCAGAUGGUUAUUUUUUGGCUUAUGCUACUGGAUAUGAUUGGGGAUAAGGAUUAGAUGGAAUUGAUAAUCGAUUUCAUAAUAAUGUUGGAGCCAUUUUUAUCGAAAAACAAUAACUAUUUUAUGUUUGA